AUGGGCAACGCAAAAUCGAGAGAGUUGGUAUUGAGUGAUGAACAAAUGGAAGAAUUGAAAGCUAUUGGUAAUUUUAGCGAAAGACAAGUUUAUUAUUACCUGGAUUCGUUCUAUGAUGAAUAUCCUUCUGGCGCCUUAGAUAAGGAAACAUUUGUUAGGGAAAAUAGUGAAGCUCAUGCUGGUACACGCCAGAUGUGGUCACAUAUUUUUGAUCAGUUGGAUAAGAAUGGAGAUGGUUAUUUUGAUUUUAAGGAAUAUUUAAUAAGCCUUGCUGUCGGUACAAACAGUACGAACGAGGAAAAAUUACUUUUUGCCUUCAAGGUGUUUGAUAUAGGCUCUGAUGGAUACAUUGAUUAUUAUGAAUUUUCACAAUUAUAUCAUUUUAUAUUUGGAAAUCACAAGGAAAAUGAAGAGCGAGCAGCAAAAAAUCAAACUGUUAAGGAAGAUAAGGAACUAGAUGAAAAAUGUAGAAGAUUAUUCGAAAAAUUAGAUGCCAAUUCACAAGAUGGAAAACUGUCCAUGCCAGAAUUUGUUCACGGUCUCAAAAACGAUCCAGUCAUUAUUGCUGCUUUUACAAUAUUUUAA